UUCGUUCGCCGCGGCACCGCGAUUCACCCGGGAUUCCGCGGAAUGUUCCCGUUCCCGUAGAUUGCAGUGAAUAUCCGCGACCAAAUAGCUCCCCGUCACCAUGUCCGACUCCAAGAGCUCCAAGGCGGCGUCCUCUUCCUCGUCGGGCACGUCCUCGCUGAUCGCCAAGCCCGCAAAUCUCGAGUGUAAGAAUUUGGAGGAAUAUCUCCGGUCGCGCCCGCCGGACGCCCUGGAAAAGCUGUACAACUAUCCGGCUAUUUGCCUGGCCGUGUACCGGGAACUGCCGGAGAUUGCGCGUCAGUUUGUGAUCCGGAUUCUGUUCGUGGAGCAGCCGAUUCCUCAUGCGGUUGUGUCGUCGUGGGGGUCGCAGAUUUACGCCAAGGAGAAUACGGCUGUGUCGAAGGUCCUGACGGAGUUGGGAGUGUGGCGCAGCACUGGGUUGACCGGUGGUUUGGAGGGUUGGGAGUUGUGUUCGACUUUUAAGAAGAAUCUAAAAAUUGCGUUGCUUGGGGGAGGUCGCCCUUGGUCCAUGUCUAAUGCGUUGGAUCCGGACCAGAAAUCGCGAGAUAUUGAGUUUUUGGAUGGUUAUGCCAUGUCCCGGUGGCGGUGCGUGCUGCAUUACAUGGUCGGAGCGGGGAGUUCAAAGGGGAUGGAGGGAGAGGGCAUUUCACCGGACGCGGUACGGAUUUUGCUGCAUGCCAAUCUGAUGAAACGGGACGAAACCGAUGGGAGUCCGGUGAUUACGAGGCAGGGUUUCCAGUUCUUGCUGUUGGACACGCAGGCACAGGUGUGGCACUUUAUGCUGCAGUACUUGGACACUUGCGAGGCGCGUGGUCUUGAUUUGGCCGAAUGCCUUUCGAUGUUAUUCCAGUUGAGCUUUUCCACGCUGGGUCGUGACUACAGUUCGGAAGGGUUGAGCCAAGGUCUUUUGACGUUCCUUCAACAUCUGCGAGAAUUCGGACUCGUCUACCAGCGCAAACGUAAAGAGGGGCGGUUCUACCCAACUCGACUAGCGCACAACAUUACCUCCCGCAAUGCCGUUCCGACGAUUCAGGAGGACGGGUCGGCGGCCCAGGACAAGGGCUACAUUGUGGUCGAGACCAAUUACCGCGUGUACGCGUACACGGAUUCCAACCUGCAGGUUGCACUGCUGGGACUGUUCACCGAGCUGUUGUACCGCUUUCCUAAUUUGGUGGUCGGCGUGCUGACACGGGACUCGGUCCGGCAGGCGUUCCGCGGAGGCAUAACGGCCGAUCAAAUCAUCAGCUACCUCGAGCAGCACGCACAUCCGACGAUGCACAACGUCGAGCAAACGAUCAACACCAAGUCGGCCCUGCCGCCGACCGUCGUCGACCAGAUCAAGCUGUGGGAAAACGAACGGAACCGGUUCACGUACACCGAGGGCGUCGUGUACAACCAGUUCCUGUCGCAGGGCGACUUCAACACGCUGCGGGACUACGCCCAAUCGAUCGGGGUGAUGAUCUGGCAAAACGAGCGCACGAGAACCAUGGUCGUGACGAAGAAUGGCCACGACGACGUGAAAAAGUUCUGGAAGCGAUACUCCAAGGGCGGCGGGUAAGGGAAGUGUGUGUGGGGAAAUAAAGUUGAUCUUUACAUUUAAGCUAAGUUUA